AAACGGGACCACGUUUGCAGACGGUGCGCGCCCUGCAGAAGAGAACUGCUCUUCCGAGUCUCGCUGCGUGUGAAUGGGUUUUCUUUGAGCCCUUCAGCCGUCAUAACCGAACCGUUAUUCUGUGAGGGUAUCCUUAAAAUGUACAAAUCUGAAUUUCAUUCAUUGAGUUAUCGCAUUGUUUAUAAUAGAUGUUUACUACAGUUGGAUUUCCUGUUUAAAAACUGAGCUACAGGAAAGGCCAGAGCUACAGGAAAGUGAUCAUUGAUACGUCAGCGCCCUGCGGGACACGUCUACAAACUCUGAGAAAAGAGAAUGAUUAUUUCACGCUCCUGUGGUUCUGCCCAGUCCCAGCGCUUUUCGGCUAAGUGUUCCCACCCUGUGGUGAUAACGCCUGAAAUACCACGGCAGAAACCGCUAUGAAUUAUUAAUUGUUCCUGAGUUAUGCAUGAUGUUUGUCUUUCCUGCGCCCUCCUGGGACUAGACCUCCGUUCCGUUUAGGAGCAGAGACGAGACGAGUCAGCCUCGGUCGCCGGAUUCUGUGCUCAGUUAGUAACUUCAUUCUCAACAGUCCCAAACUAUACAUUUCUCAUGCGUGUCAAUCUAGCGCAUUCUUAAAGACCUCCAAAUUUCGGAAAGCACGGCCAACCUACAGGCCAGCUGCAGCACGUUCAACAUGCCCGCCACGACACAAGUCACGGCACCCGAUCAGAGAGGGGACGGUUCAGUAAUACAUCGUUACGAUCGAUAACUCUUGUCCACUUUAGAAAGCCGUUUGCAUGACCUUGUCGUUUUCAUUUCCAGAUUAUGGCUUCCCUGGAAACUCGAGGGGGUACAGCGGUCCAGAGGGAGUAUAUCAGAAAUCUGCCUUAGGGUCACCAAAAUACACUGUGACAACUCUCAACGCCCUGCCAGAGCUACCUGAGAAAGCGCCAGGGCCUCCAGGGAGGGCGGACGGGGAGGGCAGCUCGCCCCAGUGCAUCUACGCCACGCCGCAGCCCAGCGGCCGAGCCCGGCUGCCCAGCUCCCCGCCCUUCCGCGCGGACGGACCCGAGCCCAACGGUGCCUCCCCUGCGCUCCUGGGGCCCCCCGCCCCCCACCCGCUGCCCAGGAAAGCUCUGGCCAAGCCCAGGGUGCGAAGGGUGAAGGCCAUCUACGACUGCGUGGCUGACCACCACGACGAGCUGACCUUCAGCGAGGGGGAGGUGCUGGUCGUCAUGGCCGAGGAGGAUGCCGACUGGUGGCUGGGCUACAUCGAGGGACAUCCGCACAAGAGGGGCCUGUUCCCCGCCUCUUUCGUUCACAUCCUGUCGGAAUAAAGGUGACCCGUGGAGCCGGCGAGCAGCCUGACUCCUGAGCCGCCCCCGGUCCAGCGCCUACACGGUACCUGCUCGUGCCCGGGAGACAGCCACAGUACCCACAUCACUUGUUCUCCCAUGGGGCUUCUUAGAUGAAAAGGCAUUAGACACAGAAUCACACAUCUCAUCCACGAAUACUAGGGGCUGUGGGAAAAUGCCCCUGGAGAUUCAGCAGUCCCAGGGUGAACGGUGCUGGUUGCAGGCGCUGCAGGACACGCUGGUGUGCUGUUGUGUUUUCCAUGACUCCAUGACUUCCUGUUGCACACGCCCCUUCGCUCCACCAUGGGAAAAUUGCCAUUAGAAAUUGGCGGGGGGGGGAUUCAGCCCAAAGGCCCGGCUGGAAGCAGGGAUUGUACCCUCGUCCCCGUGCCGCUGAGUGGAAGCUGGAGCUCGGGAGCGAGCGAGUCUGAUGCAGUUCCACUGGGGGCUCGUCACGCUGGGCGCUGUUCAUGCAAGCGCUACCGAUUCAGCAGGCUGCUUCCCCGAAACACGAAGAGACAACGUCCUCACUUUUCCUGUGCGCAGAGCCCAUGCACAGGCUGCAAGGAGAAUCCCGUGUGCCUGUCCUGAUGAAAAAGAGUUCCAGCUCCGCAUUGUCCCUUCCGCCAAGACAAUGGAAAGAACUAUACAUACAGGAAGAGACCUGAAGUGCAGCCCCUCUUGUAGGUUCUGUAUGUGGUAAAUGUAUUCAAUUAGCACGUACUCAUUUUUAGAUGAGGAUAAAGCCGAUAAUAAGAUGACAAGAGGGCCAGCAUGGGCUGAGCACUGAUGGAUGAAUGCAUGAGGGAGAGGGGUUGAAUUUUUGUCAGGAUUUUUCUUUGAAGAAAUGUGCCUGUGUGUGCGCUGACAGUCACCAGCGGCUGGUCCAGGCCGGCACUGUCUCUCGGCUGGCCAGCGCGCCGGUCAGUCGGCCUCUUGUCGAGAAAGAGGUGGGGGAUGAGAGGAUGGCGCUCAGGCUGUGCAUCGCUCCUCAAGGCUCGAUGGUUCACACCCGAUGGCCCCACCAGAGUAGGAAUGGUCUUGAACGGCUCCAGCCUGUCUGAACACACACAGCACCAUUGCACCUGAAACCGAACUCUUAACAGCUCAGCCCGCACAGCGGAACGAGUGUGAGAAACUCAAGUCUAGAAGCGCGUCUUUGUGAGCCCUGAGCCGAGAGGGGUAGAAAUUCAAAAUGGGGUUUGCGAUGUGUCCAGCCUGCAAAAACUGUUCCCUGUAAGGCUCUCUGAAGAACUGGAUGUCGAGGAGGUGCUGCUCGUCAGUGGGUUUUUGUGGCACGGACCGCCUGAGUUGUCAGUGCUCGGCACAGACAAAGAGGCGCUUUUUGCAAGGUAGCGGCAGCAACACAGAAAUCGUGACAGGUGCCCGCGAUCUUGGGCCUCGUUUUUGUUUUGUUUUCCCCCGCUUGCGAGCGAGAGCUUCUUGACAAUCAAAUUUCCUGCCGCCGGAUUCGAUCAGCGCCGGGCUCCGCGUUGGGGCCCCCUCGCAAGGCGGCCUCUGCCGUGGACCGGAAGUGCAUCGCCAUGGCAGCCGGCGCUCCGAGUCCCGCCUGCAGGAAAUGAGUCUGGGCGAUAAGGGCCUGCCGUCUUUCGAGGGGGAGAUGUUCAGCGGCCAGCGGCGCCCGGGUGCUUGUGAGCACUGUUGCCCAAAGGUGACAUCCUGCAGCGAUGUUGCAAGUAAACCUGGGUCCUCAAAAGUACACAAUUCCCAGUCGGCCAAGGUUCGCACUGCUCUCCGGUUGUAGUGAUGAUCAAAGCACAAAGAACACAAAAAGCAUCUGUGACACGGAACGUUUUCAGAAAGCAUCUAAGCUUGCCUGAGAGAGAAAGCGUACCAAACAUUUGAAAUUGAAAUCUCUUAAUCGUCUCAUUGUUCUGUUCCAACAUCAUGCCCCCCUCUGUACGUCGAGUCUGUGUGUUGUGAGUUGUGAAAUGAUCUCUAGUAGCUCCGAGACAUUUUUUGGUCUCCUCUGGGUAUUUAAAAAGAUGCUGGCUGAAGAUAAAUACUUGAAAUUUGUUACAGAUGCCAGAGGGCACUUUGCCUUUUCCCCUGAUGGGUUACUCAGUAACGAUUCUUUUGUCCAACAUACUCUACCUAUUCCACUCCUAUUUACAAACAAUUAUUUUUUUAAGUAAUUGUAAAUUAUUCAGAUGAGAUUGAAGCUCUCUUUUGGUCCGUGUUUUAUUGCUGUAACAUUGACAAAGAGUAUUAAGCUGGGAAGCUAGCUGUUGUAUCAUUGUUAUUUUUCUAUGACAUGAGGGGGAGAACAGACCUAUUUAAAAACAGCUUCUCAUUUCUAUUUUUUUUUUGCCUUAAAUUAUCUUUUCUGCCUUCGUUGUUAUUUUUUUCUCUAAUGUUAUCUGCUGUUUUUGUCAGAAGAAAUAAGUAUUAUCUACCUUUAACUUGUGCAAUUUUACUUUUCAUAUUUAUUUUUUUAUUUUAUAAACAAUUUAUAUUUUACAAAUUUGUUUUUAAUGGUGGAAUGCAGUUGUGAAAAAAAUGUUUAUUCUGUAUGUGAUAUGGUAUAACUGGUUUUAUUCUAUUAUAAUGAAGUUAAAUAAACUCUUGCACCUA